AUGAGAAAGUUCUGCACGUGUUCAUAUUUGUUUUUUGUCUAUAUUUUUAUUGUGUGCAAUAGGGGAAACAGCUUGAGGUUUCAAAAAGGAGAUGGAAAUGCCAUUGGAGCAGUAGAAGGAAAUGGAAAAAACGGAAGUGGUAAUAAUGUAAGUACUGAUACUAAUAAUAUAAACGCGAAAGAAAGUACUAUCAAAAAUGGGGAUAAUAAAAUUAUGGUUAAAGAGGAAAAGUCAAAUAGUGAAGCAAAUACAAAUACAAAAAAGUUACAAAAUUUUGUUUCAUCAAAAAAUGAGAAUUUAGGGAAUAAAGGAAAUGAAGAAUAUUUGAAAAAUAUGUUUAUAUCUGAUGGUGCUUUUGAAAGUGCAAAAAAUGUCUGUGAAAAUGUAGUCGUUAAAAAUGAGUAUUUCAAGAGUUUUUGCAAAAAUACAGAAUUAUUUAAAGAAAUACAAAAAUUAAAAAAAAAUAGUCAUAAUUUAUAUGAACAAGUCAUAAGUGAUUCUUAUGAAAAUGUUAAUACAUCCACUUUUAAAUUGUUGAAAGAUGAUGGAGAUAAAAAACUAAUUAUGGAAACAGAUGAUCACAAUCCUAAAGUGUCUAUAAUGUUUUUAUAUGAAAAACUAUGUGUUGGUGGUAUUCCACUCGUUUGUUCUAAAAUAUUAAAAGUUGACAAUAUAUUUGACCUUAAUCAAAAUAAUGAGAAAAAUGACCUUGUUCAGGAAAACAAUUAUGUAAAUGAUAUGGAAAAGGAACUGACUACCACAAUUAAUGAGAAUAACGGAGUAGAGGAAAAUGUUUCAGAUUUGACUGAUGAUAAUACGUAA